GAGCGACGAUGGCGUCCGUCCCGACCGAAGAUGAGCGCACGCAGGUGCUCAACGCGUACAAGGCCAAGGUCAUGGAGCACCGCGAGAUGGAGAGCAGGGUGAAGAACAUGCGCGAGAAUGUCAAGACGCUCGUGAAGGAGUUCAACAAGACGGAAGACGACCUCAAGGCGCUGCAGAGCGUGGGCCAAAUUAUCGGCGAAGUGCUGCGUCAGCUGGACGAGGACCGCUUCAUCGUCAAGGCGUCGAGCGGCCCGCGCUACGUCGUGGGGUGCCGCGCCAAGGUGGACAAGAGCAAGCUCAAGUCUGGCACGCGAGUGGCGCUGGACAUGACCACGCUCACCAUCAUGCGCUACCUGCCGCGUGAGGUGGACCCCACAGUGUACCACAUGCUGAACGAGGACGCCGGCAACGUGUCGUUCUCCAGCAUCGGUGGUCUGAACGAGCAGAUCCGAGAGCUGCGCGAGGUCAUCGAGCUGCCGCUGACCAACCCGGAGUUGUUCCUGCGCGUUGGCAUCAAACCCCCUAAGGGCGUGCUACUGUACGGCCCGCCUGGUACCGGUAAGACGCUGCUGGCUCGUGCGCUGGCGUGCAACAUUAACGCCACCUUCCUGAAGGUCGUGGCCAGUGCGAUCGUGGACAAGUACAUUGGUGAGAGUGCCCGUGUGAUCCGUGAGAUGUUCGGGUAUGCUCGCGACCACCAGCCGUGCGUCAUCUUCAUGGAUGAAAUCGAUGCCAUCGGUGGAAGUCGUUACUCGGAGGGCACGUCCGCUGAUCGUGAAAUUCAGCGUACGCUGAUGGAGCUGCUGAACCAACUCGACGGUUUCGACGCACUGGGACAGGUGAAGAUGGUCAUGGCGACGAACCGACCGGAUAUCCUGGAUCCGGCACUGCUGCGUCCUGGUCGUCUGGACCGUAAGAUUGAGAUUCCGCUGCCGAACGAGGCCUCGCGCAUGGAUAUUCUCAAGAUUCACUCGGGCCCUAUCACGAAGAAGGGCGAGAUCGACUACGAGUCCAUUGUCAAGCUCACAGACGGCUUCAACGGUGCCGAUAUGCGUAACGUGUGCACUGAAGCGGGUAUGUUCGCUAUCCGCGCUGACCGCGAGUACGUUGUGGAGGAGGACUUCAUGAAGGCCGCGCGGAAACUUGCCGAGACGAAGAAGCUCGAAUCCAAGAUGGACUACAGCAAGGUUUAAGUUGGUAAAGCUGUGGUCACUGUCAUCUGGCGCUGGUGUACAUUUUUGUGCUACCUCGUUCAGAAUGCUAUCAAGAGUCGAUACCAGUACGAAUGGUCGACCUAGUCAAGCAUAUACGAGAUCAAAAUUGAAAAUGAGCACCGCUGGAUGGUCUGUAUCUUGAUUGGGCUGACGUUGCUGUUGUUAUUCCCUUGUUUGGCGCCGCAAAUAACCCGUUUAAGCUCGGACGUAAAUGGAUGUCAGUUUGCAACGGUGCGUGUUUGAGGCAGGCGAGUAGUGCAUUGACAUGGCGUCUUCAGGUGGAGCUGGCAUGGAGUGCUGUGAGCUGGUGGGUCUCAUGGGAGACGUUGCGUAUCAGCGUUGUCGAAUGCUGCUCCAAGAACUACGAAAGCUGCACCCGAUCUUCGUAUCGCCGCUGGAAGGGAUGAUGGAGAUCGAGUAUCUCGAGUAUUUGCAAAACCAACAGGAGAAGAUCCCCAAAGCCAAGCGUGCUGAGUUGCUGCGUACGACCCGUCCGAUUAUACUGCUGCUGGAUUCCUCAAAUGACAUGCUGGACGGUGAAGACGAGUUGCUCGACUUUGCGAUGGAGCGGACUCAACUCUCCAGAAACGAAUUGUUGGCCGCAGCCGCGUUCGGGGGCGUUCUUGCGGUUGGGAACGACAGUGAAGGCUCCGACAGCGCUCGGAAAGAGUACAGCGAGAAAUUGGCACUCGCAGAGGAAACACUCGAGACAAAGGCAGAGGAAGCGGCACAGCAAGCUUUGGCUCGGCAUCGCGAACAGUCCGGGCAUCAGUUCGCUUUCUUGGUCUUUGAAGUGGAUGGGGUGGCGCUGCCUCGAGUAGAGCUCGAGUUGUUCCACGACGUGUGCCCCAAAACGUGCAAGAAUUUCCUAGCGUUCUGUGAGCACAAGGUUCCCGCUAUUGGCGAUGAAACACAGCAAUUAGGCUAUAGAGGCAACGCCGUCCAUCGCAUUGUGCGUGGUGGUUGGAUUCAAGCAGGAGAUGUCGGCGGCAAUGGCCGAGGGGACGGACCUUGUCGGUCCCUCUACGGUCUCGAGUUUGCCGACGAGAGCUUCGCCAUAUCACACAACGCGGCUGGCAUUCUUGUACGUUUUUGCUGUCUAUUGUAUCUGCAAGUUUUGACGCCUCUCAUGACGACUUUGAUGGUCUUGGCAUUCAGUCCAUGGCGAAUACAGGACCACACACGAACGGAUCCCAAUUCUUCAUCACCCUGGCACCCCAGCCAUGGCUUGACCGCCGCAAAGGUACAACAAUAGUAGCAAUGUCUUGGUAACAUAUGUUGCGAACUCACGUGUGUAUGCAUGGAUAUGACCUUCAGUUGCAUUUGGACGAGUCGUGAGUGGUUGGCGUACUAUCAUGACCAUCGGCGGCUUGGAAACGAGUCACGAGCGACCUUGCGUGCCCUGCACUAUUGCCGAUAGCGGAAAGCUUCAGUGAGGCAGCGCGGUAGAGCAACAUGCUUCGAAUCAAUAAAUAAUGCUUGCUAUUUCACCGAGAAUACGUAGCAAAAUGAAGAUGGCGUUGGCCGCCUUAGACUACAGCAGUUUGCUCAACGGGGGAGGAGGCAACCGACAUUUGCGCUGCAACCACAGCAGGAGAGUCAACCACUGCAGCGGAAGAAGGCGAGCUGUUGCUGUUCACUUGAACAAGCUGCAAGUCGUAUCGCAGUCGCUUGAGGUCCACAAGAGAGCGAAUCUUGUGGAACUCGAGGCCGAGUGCGAGACUUACCUGUUCCUCCUCAAGCCCAUCGCCGAUAGCGACAAACUCCACGUCUGGCGCUUCAUACUUCGCCAUGAUAGUCUCAAAACACCGAUACUUGUGCACCUUCGCCGAGCUGUAGACUCGAUCGAUCGGGAAGAACGCGUCCAGCUGAUAGAUGAGGCACUUGCACAACGCUGGCACGAGCUGCGUGUUGGUGACCAGCACAUUCACGUUCUCCACCUCCUCGUCUGUCUCUUUAUCCUCCGCCGUACUUCCUGCUUCCACGUCAGGCUGCGGUAAGUCCGCCCUGGACUGUGCCGAGUCUUUAAUCAGCUCCAACACCUGUCGCGCUUCAUGCAGCCAGCCCGUCGAGAAGUUGUCGAUGGCGGCUACGAGAGCACCGCGGAUGGCAAACCACUCACUGUUGGCAUCAUGCAGGAAAUCAACGUGGCCACGACGUUC